AUGAUACACUCUCAACUAUUACUCCAGCAAGUUUACGAACUCGUUGUGGCAAGAACAGACGCGCAAUGCUCGUUUUUGACUCCACCGCCGCUUUUGGAAGACCAUUCCGAUAUUAAGGUUAUUUACAGGCACUACGCAACACUCUACUUUGUCUUUGUCGUUGAUCAGCAGGAGAGCGAGCUGGGCAUUCUGGACCUGAUCCAGGUGUUUGUGCAAGUGCUCAACACCUGUUUCCAUAAUGUGAGCGAAUUGGACCUGGUGUUCGGAUGGCAGGUGCUGGAGGCAGCGCUGGAGGAAAUUGUCCAGGGAGGAAUGGUGAUAGACACAAGCAUCCGCAAGAUCUUUGCUGCCAUCGACGAAGCUAACAAGCAGGACGUCUCCAGUACGCAGAAAACGUGGUGGGGGUAG